CCGGGCUCAGUGAGUGCCGGCCGCCCCCUUGGCCCCCUCAGCAGCAUGGCCGAGCAGUACAUGGAGAGUGAGCCGCUGGACUACGAGGAAGAUGACGAGCCGCAGGUUCCUCCUGAGAGCGCCCCAGCGCCCCCCAAGAAAGACGUCAAGGGCUCGUACAUGUCCAUCCACAGCUCGGGCUUCCGGGACUUCCUGCUGAAGCCCGAAGUCCUGCGCGCCCUCGUGAACUGUGGCUUCGAGCACCGGUCCGAGGUCCAGCAGGAGUACAUCCCCCAGGCCAUCCUGGGUGUGGACGUCCUGUGCCAGGCCAAGUCCGGCAUGGGCAAGAUGGUGGUGUUCGUGCUGCCCACGCUGCAGCAGAUGGAGCUGGUCAGCGGACAGGUGGGCACAGGCUGCGGGCGACUGCGCUGGUCCCGGGGAUUGGGGCAGGGUGGGGCCUUGAGCCGAGCUGUCCUGUUCCCAGGUGACUGUCCUGGUCAUGUGUCCGUGUCUUUCGGGGGGCUGUCCAUCAAGAAGGACGAGGCGGUGCUGAAGAAGCGUCCGCACGUGGUGGUGGGCACGCCGGGCAGCAUCCUGGCGCUGGCGCGGAGCCGCAGCCUGAGCCUGCGCGGCUUGAGGAACUUCGUGCUGGACGAGCGCGACAAGAUGCUGGAGCAGCCGGGCUGCCUGCCCGGAAGCCGCUCGACGCCCUGUCGCGGCUGCUCCGCCCGGCCCGGCAGUGCAUAA